AUGGAAGAGGAGGCACAACAGCGCUGGAAUCGAGCGUUGCAGCUGUCGCCCAAGGCGACCUCUGACAGCCUCACCAGGAAGGGGAUGCAGAUCCCGCGCGUCAUCGGCAAGGCUGGCGCUAUCAUCAAAGAGCUCCGGCAAGAGAGUGGGGCGAGCGUGAACAUCUUGGACAAGCAGCUGCCCGAGGUGCUCCAGCGUCUGCAGUUCCACGUGGCCUUCGUCAAAGGAAGCCAUGAGGCUAUGCAUACCGCUGUGGUCGGGCUGGUGCGAAAUGCCCGGGGUCCGCAGGCUCUUCGAGCGCUGGAGCCCACCGAGGUCGGCGACACGGAUGUGGCCUUCCUCGUCCCAGCGCAGUGCGAGCCAUACCUGGGUGAGGAACAGCUUACUGCCGAGACACGUUGCGCGAUCCACGUGGAGGUGAUGGAAGGCUUGCAGAAGCAUCGAAAGGUGCUCCUUCGUGCCGAGGAGACCCACGACUUGCAGAUUGUCGCGUGGAGACUUCAGGAACUGCAGAUUCGCAUGAGUCAAGCGGCCCUGCUAGUGGAUCGCGAUUUCGACCUCCAGGAUUCUGCCUGGGCAGGCGCCAUGGAGGCCUUCCGAGCCAAGCGCACCCCCGAUGGUGUGCAGGCCGCUUCUCAGCAGGCGGCGGUGCCCUUAGAAAGGCUGCCGACGCUGCCCUCCGCGUCGGAGGGUAUCGAGCAGGAAGCCCGAAAGAGCCGCGAGGCGCAGCAGCGGGAAGUUGAGGCUGAAAAGGAACGUGAGCGGAAACGCCAGAUUCGAGAGACCACUGCGCGGGAGCAGCAAGAGUGCCAAAAUGCCGCUCGCGAAGCAAAGAUGCUGGCGGACAAGGCCCGUGACAUGCGGCUCCGGGCCAUGGAGGCGACAUCACCCGAUCAGCAUCAAUCUUGCAUUCGCGAGGCCGAGAGGUACGAGGAGCAAGCCCGGCAGGCCCGUGCCCGCAGCACGCGGGGCUACGGUACAGGCCCCCGAGCACAGCAGCACGAAUACCAGGAGGACGAAAACUGGGCCGCAGCCGUGCCGAAAGUUGGUGAGGAUGCAGAGGCGCAGGCGCUGCGCCGGCGGCACGAAGAGAGGGAGGAGCUGCGGAGGGAAAGCGAGCUGCGCGGCCAGCAGGCCAAGGAGAACGAAGCCCGAGAGCGUGAAGUGUUGCAGCGAGCCGUGUCCAGCCUCGCGCAGGGUGGUGGCCAAGUAGCUCACAGAUCUCAAGGCCCAGUCGCAUCGCCGUCGACUGUGGAAGACCGGCAGGCGAGGCAAAGUGAGAUCCUGGCAAACUCCCGUGCUGCGCCGGCUCGGGCAUUCGAGGAAGCCAGUCUCCGACCUGCUGCGGUGCCACCUGUGGCCACAACCGGAGGCGGAUGUCUGCACGGCCGUCCUCAACCCCCGGGAGCGCCAUCCCGCGAGCUGCAGGAUGUCGCGCUGUUCGUGUGCGUCCCGGACAGGAAAGCCGCUGAGUUCCUGGUGAGCAGCAGGCUUGGCAUAGGUCGCCGCAGCGGUGCCAAAGUGUCCCUGGCGGAGACGACCGGCUCGGGCCCGACGCUGCUGGAAUGCCGGGGCACGCCCUUUGCAAACGCCGUCGCGGACUCCGAAGCCGAAGAGGGUGCUUCAGAGUUGAGGGCGGCGCUUUGGACUGCCAAGGAGCUACUUGGUCCAGGAGGCGCUUUGGAUGUGCGGCUGCUUCGCGACCUGAAGAGACGAACUGUGCGACGUGACAUGGAGCUUCUGGAGGAGAAGCUCAUGCGACAAGUCCUGCGGCUCCAGGAGCAGAGUGAACGCUUCAUGGACAUCAUGAUGCAUCCGCUGGAGGCGAAGGUCGCAGCCAUGGAGGGGCGACAGCCAGUCACAGAUUGCAGCAUCGCCGAGCUCCGUGGGAACCUCCGCGGCCUCCAAGAGUCGCUGGAGAUGCAGGUGCGCCGUGCGGAGCAAACCGAGACGCGCCUGUCCAAAUGGCGGAAGAGUGUGGAGGAGGAUCUGCAGCAGAAGCAGGAGGAAAUGAAGCGCAAGUUCUCUGAGGCCGUUUCCAACUCGGACGUGGUCUCGCGAAACGAGCUUCUGGAGUUGGCCAAGCUUCUGAAGCAGGAAUUGAGGAAGGUCGUGGAUGAGACGCUGAAGGACGAAAAGCUGGCCACGCAGCAGGAUCUGGCGAAUGUGACGGCCUCCAUGAGACGGGAGCUUGCGUCCGUUGAGAAGAUUGCCGCCGGAGCGGCCGCUCAAAAGGCUCUGGGUCAACAGGAGCUUGCAAAUGCUGCAGAGGCUGUGCGUGCCGAGAUGAAGACCUUGACAGAGCGCGCGGUCGCAGAGGAGGCGCUGACCAUGGAGAAGUUCGCAGCGCUCGACGCUGUAGAGAAGGCCUCUCAGGAGUCCCAGAAUGCCGCGGCCGAACUCGCAGCACGCCUGGCGCAAUGCGAGCAGAACGAGGAGGAGUUGCGACUGGCACUUGGGUCUCAGCGCGGUCUUCCCGAGGUACUCGAUUCGCAGCAGACGUUGGAUGAGUUGGUUAGUCGCAUUGCGAAAUGCGAAUCCUUGCAGGAGGAGCUGAGCGAGCAAGUGGGUUCGCCGCAGCGCUUCAAGGCCAGUGAGGCCUUAGAGGAGUCCCACCUCUCACGGCGAAUGAGCCGACUUGAGCAGGAGCAGAUACAGAAGGGGCGCCAGAUCGCAUCGUCCAUCGAGGCCUUGGAAGCAGCGAUGCACGAAGGCUUGGCGAAGACCGAGAAGCUCGCACAGGCAGCCUUUGCCGCUACCCAGCAUCCCGUCGACGGCUCCGUCACACAUUCCGAGACCGAGGAGGUGGAAAUCUCCUACAAGGCUGCCAUUUCCGAGCGCUUCACGCGGAUAGAGGAGGCUGUUCAGGCCCUGCCCGGGCGCUUGACAAAGUGCGAGCAGCGUGGCGAGGAGCUGGAGCACGACCUCGAGAGUUUUCGAGAGCUUCCUGCGGCGCUUGAGGCGUACUACAAGCAAGCCCAAGCCCUGACGGAGCGGGUUGCGCAGUGCGAAGAGCUAUCAGAGGCGAUCAACACACAAGCCCAUGUGCUGUCGGAGCGGGUGGCAAUGUGCGAACAGCUGCCAGAGACCGUGUCCAGCAAGCCCCAACUCCUGUCGGAGAGGGUAGCGCAUUGCGAAGAGCUCUCCGAGGCAUCCAGCAAGCAAGCCCAAGUGCUGUCCGAGCGAGUGACGCAGUGCGAACAGCUGUCACAGGCGGUUGACACCCUGGUGGCCCGCUUGGAGAAGUGCGAACGACAUGCGGGAGAUGGAGACGUUCUUGCCAGGCUCCCGGACGAUGUCGACCACCCGAACCUUCCUGGUCAGGCCUUUGCAGAAGAUGGCUCUCGAGCCCUCGCCCGGGUUACUUCCAGGCUAGACUCGCUGGAGGUUCAGCAGCGUGCCAGUGAGGCUGGCCUCGCGACUGCAAAGCGAUUGAAGGAGGAGAUGGAAAGCUCCAUUGUGCAGAGGCUGGAAGCACUGGAAGCGGAGCCGACGAAGAAGGUGGAUGCCGCCGAGCCUUCCGAAUCCCAGGUGCUGUCCGACACGCAGCUUAUGCUUUUGGAUCUGCAGCGACGGGUCUCUCUUCUGGAGCAUUCCAUGCCGUCUCAAGGAGCACGCGAGAACGGAGAAAGCGGAGAGGUGGUGGCCGUGGAACCAACCCCGAGGACGGCCACUCUGACCCAUGCUGCAGAGCUCAUGGAGCAAAUGGAGCUGGACCUGAAGCUCGCGAGGGAAGCUGCAGGGCUGGAUUCGACACCCGGUAUGUCCGAGUCUCAGAAGCUCGCUUGUUCCCCAAAUACGAUGGCGGUGGGUUAA